AUGGAGACGACCGUAUGCAGCUGUUUUGCAUCUCUAUUUACAGCUUCCGACAUACGAUGCAUGGAGAGCUGGAAUGCUUGCGAUUGGCUGAUGGGCGGAUGGGAUACCCAAUGUGGCUAACACGCUCCUACACAAUCGAUCUUUGUUCCCUUCCAUCUUCAACAACAACGCCUUAUUAACUCCACUACAGCCGCUGAAGAAGGGAACGUCUUACAUCUCCUCUAUCACGUCCUCGCUUUGAGAAUUGCUAUCAUGACAGUUCCGGAGCCUUCCUUCUCAGCGCCUGCGCAAACGAUCAAAUGUCAUGGCUUGUUGUUCGACAUGGAUGGAACAAUCAUUGACAGUACAGACGCCAUAGUCAAGCACUGGCAUAGGAUAGGAAAAGAGAUUGGCGUCGAUCCUGAUGUGAUACUUGCAACAUCACAUGGUCGAAGGUCGAUUGAUGUGCUUCAGAUAUACGAACCAAAGCUCGCUAACUGGGAAUACAUAUGUCACGCAGAAGGCCUCAUACCGAAAGAAUUCGGCGAGGACGCCAUUGAAAUUCCCGGAUCGAGAGCCAUGUUGGAUAGUCUUGAUGAACAAGCCGUUCCUUGGUGUAUCGUCACAUCAGGAACACGUCCACUUGUCAUCGGGUGGCUUGACAGGAUGAAGUUGGCACACCCCAAGAAUAUCGUUACAGCUGAAGACGUACUGAACGGCAAACCCGAUCCAGCCUGUUAUCAGAUGGGAAAGGACAAGUUGGGUCUCCACAAGAACAGCGCCUCUAUCGUCGUCUUUGAGGAUGCACCUGCUGGUAUUCGAUCGGGCAAAGCUGCCGGCUACACAGUCGUAGCACUCCAUACGACGCACUCUCUGAAGCAACUCAUGGAAGCUGGCGCGGACUACAUUGUCCAGGAUAUGCGAAGCGUUACUCUCAAAUCUUGGGACAGUACUGCUGGCGAAGGCCAGUUGGAGAUUACCAACGCUCUUACAUAGCGAAAGACAUGUAGUAACACUUACAAUGGAUAUCUUGUUCUUCUAUCGAGCGAUGCACGAACUUUUGCUC